UCCAGGGGCACCCCCUGUAUAAUUUUCCAGAAAGUGAGUGAGAGCCGCCCAGGAUACAGAAAGGAUCUGUGACAAGCUGUGGUGUGCUGGGCUUGGGUGAGAAGCCUAGGGCUCUAGCUAUACAGGAAGAGCCCAUCCUACUCUGUGCCCAGUUUCCUGUGAAUCCCUCUGUCAGCUUUGUGAGUCCCCAGUGUGUGAUGCACCAGAGGGAAGGUAUUGGAAGGUACCAGUGUGUAGCCCUGUGUGAGGACAUGAGCCUGAUACAUAGGAGCAACUGACUAGUCCAAAGGAGAGACACUCUGGAGCAGUGAGAUUCCCCUGAGGUAUAGUCCUUAGUGCACACUACGCUGUGAAUCCCAGUUCCCAAUAUCUUUCAGAAGCAAAGAUUUCCAGGAUUGUCACAAGAACCAUGUCAGAGGUAAAGUGAGUGUGAUCCGAUUCUACAGGAGUGUGUGAGUUACUCAGGGAUAUACUUACCUGUACCCAACCCCUACCCAAACUAGCCCCAAGAUGUCAAAAAUUAAAACCAACAAAUCAUCCAUCUGUCCAUCUGAGUGGUAACAACACUGAAAGGGGCAGGGUGUGGGCCAGGUGUGGACUGAGAUUCAAAAUAGGCUCUGUUAUUUUCGGUCCCCAGCAGGGUCAGACUGGGGGGCCCAGGGCCUACAGGGGCUGCUGUCUUAGGCUCCCCCCAGAGCCCUGACCCUGCGUAAAUCUUGCUCCAGACCCUGCCGCAGCCACCUUCAGCAUGCCUGGCCUCCAAGGAGCUAAUUUUCAGUGGACGCAAUUAUACUAGAAUUCAGGGUGAAAAUGUACCAGUGUUAGGUGGAUCAAUAUUUUCCACUUUUCCACUUUCAGGGGACUACAUUGUGUAAACAACCUGUUCUAAUACUAAAGGGUUAGCAUGUACCUGACAACAUUUUCACUAGUCUAGUAAACUGCAGCCAACCAGAUGUUUGCUUCUAUGCCAGCUGCCUUAGGGUAAAGGCACACAGGGAUGAUAUUGUGGGCGGGGCAGUGAUGUUAGAGGGCGGAGACAUGAUGUUAGGGCGUGGAGCUGUGACAUAAGGUGGACUGUUACGCAUUUGGUGUUGAUUGCCACAUUUGUCCCUCUUUUGGCACAAUUAUGCCUGGAUUAUGUGGCAGCUUUAAACUGGACAGCUUUGAACAGACAGACAGCUCUGAACUGGACAGGACAGACAUUGCAUUGGGCACCCUGAACAAAAGGGCCCUGCAAUUAACUGCUGUUUUUCCAAUAAUUUGUUUGUGCAAAAACCUAUGUUAUGAUGUGCUCAUAGGCUAUUUUUACAGUAGUCUUACUGAUGCCAAUUAUCCAUUUUCUGUACUAAUUAUCCUGGCACAUGUGGGGUUAAUAUCCAUUUUAUUUAGUGAUUAUACUGGCAUGUCAAUGGUUAAUUUGUCUUUUGUCCAGUUUUUUAGUGAUUAUACUGGCACAUGUGGGGGUUGAUAUGUCCUUUAUCCAUUUUAUUUAGUGAUUAUUUCAGGGUGUGUAAAAUAGGUGUGGUAUGUAGGGGAAUGGUAACAAUAUUACCCCUCUUUCUAAACUGGUGGGUGGUAUGAUACUGUAUGUAAUGUGUCCAUCCUUCAUCAGCCCAUAAAUAAUCUGUGCACAGUGAGUAGCUUUCAUACUGUGAUACAGUUAUGGGAUCCGUUAUCUGGAAACCCAUUAUCCAGAAAGCACCGAAUUACUUAAAGGCUCUCUCCCAUAGACUAAUACCAAAUUCGAAAGGUUUAUAUUGCCAUAGUCUUUAGCUCUCAAGUGCAUGCUUGUUGCCCCAUGGGAAACCCAAUGAUGUCGCAUGCCACUGCUGUGGUCACAUGACUCAACUAACUUAACUGUUACUUGCUAGUUUGGACCAACUGCUGUUUGGACAGUGAGUAGGAGAGAGUAGGAGUUUUAGGCUAGCGAGAGCUAAAUUAAUACAAAUUGUGAUAACAAAUAAAAAACAGUAUAGGAGGUAUAGUAUAGGAGUACAGGACAACAUGGAUUUGAGUGAGAAAAGGAGUGAGAGUCCGGCUGGACAGGUAGGAAAUGUAGUGCAAAGCUGCAUUGGAGAGAAGACCAACAAGGAUUGGAUCAAGGAUUCAGGAGAAACAAAAAAAGAUGCAGAAUAUUCCAAAAAAAGUUGCAAUAAUGCACAGACAAGUCAAGAUAGGAGAAGAAGUGUCGAGAAACAGACAGAAAACAAAAAGAAGACCAUUAAAAGGAGAAGAAAUGAAGACAGACAUAUUCAAAAAGACAGCCAGGCAGAGAAGACCAGUAAAGAUGGGAGAAUUGAAAGGAGAAAAUCGGAAGAAGGACAGAUAGUAAAGGAAAACCAGGCAGUGAAGACCAGCGAAGAUGAGAUGAUUAAAAGAAGAGGAUUCAAAGAAGGACAAGUAGAAAAGGAAAGACAAGCUGAGAAGAAGACCAGUAAGGAUGCAAGGAUUAAAAGGAGAAGAGUUGAAGAAGGACCGUUACAAAUGGAAAGCAAUGCAUACAAGAAGACCAGUGAGCAUGAGAGCUAUAAAAUUAUACUGCUUCAUAAACAGAAUAAAAAAAUCCCAGAAGAAAACAGUAAAGGAACAAAUAUCGAGCAAAAAGAAGAGAAGAAUAAAAGAUCAAGAGCAGAAGACCCCUUAGAAAAUGGAAGCAUACAGAAGAGACCCUGUCUGGACAUUGAAAGACCUGCUCCCCUGGAUAUUAACAACUACAAGUUCCACUCUAUAGUUGGACGAGGAGGCUUUGGCUGGGUGAUGUUGGCUUCUUUUAAGCCAAAUAAGCAACUCGUGGCAAUGAAGAUCUUGAAGAAGCAGUCUGUGAAGAACGACUGCCAUGCCAUCGCAAAAGAGGCCCGUCUACUGAAGAUCAGCAGAGAAUGUGCAUUUUUAUGUCAAUCUUAUGCAGUUUUUCAGUCAGAGCUGGAAUCCUUCUUUGUCAUGGAAUAUGCCAGUGGGAAUUCUUUAUGGGAAAUGAUUCUGCGUGAACGAAAGCUACCAACGUCAAGAAUCAAGUUCUACACAGCAGAGAUGGUGGUUGCCCUCCAGUUCCUGCAUUCCAAGGGAAUCAUUCAUCGUGAUCUCAAGCCGGAAAACAUAUUGAUUGAUAAAGAUGGCCAUAUAAAGAUCUGCGACUUCGGCAUUGCGGAAGAGAACAUCAUUGGCCAGAGGAAGACCUACGGCUUGGCAGGAACCCCUGGAUACCGGGCACCAGAGAUUCUAUCAUAUGCGGACUACAAUGCAGCUGUGGAUUGGUGGUCUUUUGGGGUUACAAUGUACGAAAUGGCCACAGGAGUCUUGCCUUUUUCAGCAUCAGGCAGCAUUCAAAAACAGCGUUUGGUAAUUAUUAUGAAACCACCAAAUUACCCGUGUGAUAUGAGUGAGGAAAUGCUGGACCUCCUGCCUAAGCUUUUGGAGAUUAAUGAGACUCAACGGAUUGGACUGAAUGGUAACAUCAGGGAGCAUGCAUUCUACAGCACCAUCAACUGGGAAGAUCUGGAGAACCGAAGACUGGAGACCCCUUUUCAGCCAGGAAUGCCACCUCUAGACGACUUCGAGGAAUAUUCGAUAAAGUUCUCCCCUCAAAGAUCCAAUGAAAGAAACAAACUGAAAGAUUUCUCUGAAGUGGAUCCCAACUGGAAUUGGCAGGAGUAAGGCAUUACCUCUGUUCUAACAUGGGACACCAUCUUUAGUUGCUGCCUGUAACAACCUGAGGCCCUUAACAUCGUACCAUCUAUGGCAAGCUUCACCCCUAAACAACCAAUCCACCUGUAUUGUCAAACCUAAACCAUCUCCUGUGAAUGUCACCUGGUUCUACCAUCAACACCAGCACCAGACAGGAUCUUUGACUGUAGCUUCUAAAGGAUGGAAAUAGAAAGGUACUGUGGUGAGUUUACAUCUUGAAUGAAGAGUACUUAAUAAAACCAGUUUACCCCCACCCCCCCAAACUUCUGCCUCCCUCCUAUUCCCUUACCUGUGAUUAACCCUUAUCCUAAGUGGCCAAUGGCAUUAUUAGAAAGGAAGUAGACCCCAUGGCUGCGGGGGGCCCGGUCUACUUCCUUUAUAUUGUCUCUCUCCUACUCCCUUAUCCCUGA